AUGAUAGUGCUGAUCGGUGUCAUAGUAGUAGACGUGAUAGUGCUGAUCGCUGUCACAGUAGUAGAAGUGAUAGUACUGAUCGUUGUCACAGUAGUAGAAUUGAUAGUACUGAUCGCUGUCAUAGUAGUAGACGUGAAAGUGCUGAUCGCUGUCACAGUUGUAGAAGUGAUAGUACUGAUCGCUGUCACAGUAGUUGAAGUGAUAGCACUGAUCGCUGUCACAGUAGUAGAAGUGAUAGUACUGAUCGCUUUCACAAUAGAAGAAGUGAAAAUACUUAUCGCUGUCACAGUAGUAGAAGUGAUAGUACUGAUCGCUGUCACAGUAGUAGAAGUGAUAGCACUGAUCGCUUUCACAAUAGAAGAAGUGAAAAUACUUAUCGCUGUCACAGUAGUAGAAGUGAUAGUACUGAUCGCUGUCACAGUAGUAGAAGUGAUAGCACUGAUCGCUUUCACAAUAGAAGAAGUGAAAAUACUUAUCGCUGUCACAGUAGUAGAAGUGAUAGUACUGAUCGCUGUCACAGUAGUAGAAGUGAUAGCACUGAUCGCUUUCACAAUAGAAGAAGUGAAAAUACUUAUCGCUGUCACAGUAGUAGAAGUGAUAGUACUGAUCGCUGUCACAGUAGUAGAAGUGAUAGCACUGAUCGCUUUCACAAUAGAAGAAGUGAAAAUACUUAUCGCUGUCACAGUAGUAGAAGUGAUAGUACUGAUCGCUGUCACAGUAGUAGAAGUGAUAGCACUGAUCGCUUUCACAGUAGUAGACGUGAUAGCACUGAUCGCUAUCACAAUAGAAGAAGUGAAAAUACUGAUCGCUGUCACAUUAGUAGAAGUGAUAGUACUGAUCGCUGUCACAGUAGAAGACGUAAUAGUACUGAUCGCUGUCAUAGUUUUAGAAGUGAUAGUUCCGAUCAAAGUCGCAUUAGUAGAAGUGAAAGUGCUGAUCACCCCACUAUCACGUCUAUUACUGUGCCAGCGAUAA